UUUCCCAGAUUGAGAGAGAGAAAAACAGAGUCACUGAGCCAUAUGCAUAGUAUCAGCAAUACACAGUAUCAAAUACAUGCUCAUACAUCUUUCUCUGCUGGGGUGACUGUUAUCAGGUCGACCUUGGUCGGGUGGACUAUAAAAGAGAAGAAAAUCACUCUGAGAGAUAGCGAUUGGUGAAGAAAAAGUUCAAACUUUCAGCUUCAGCUGACUGUAGCUCAAAAACCUAGAAAAAAAAAACAAACAAAAGGGAUUCUUUUGUCAGUAAUAAUUAUGGUUUUGUUGUUGAAGAGAGAGGAGUUGUUUGAGUUGGGUUAGAUUUUCUUGGAUUUUGGGUUUAUUAGUUGAAAUCGAUUGUUUCUACUGAGCUUUUGUUUUUGUUUUCUUGGUGGGUUUGUUGUAAAAUUAGUGAUAGUGAAAUGCAUGUGAAGAUUUGAGUUGGGGGAGUAAAAGAUGGGGAAGAUGAGAGAAGAGCUGGAGCUGAAAAUGAGUUGGGAUUUAGGGUUUGAGAUUUUUGGGAUUGAAAGUAAGGUUUAGCAUUUUCAGUAUUUAUAAUUGUGUUCCUAAGUGUAGUUUUAGUUUUAUUAUUAUAUUAUUGAUCAUAUAUUUAAGCAGAGAGUUGAAUUGAAUAUGAAGCUUUCAACAUCAGGGAUGAGUCAGCAAGUUCAUGAAGGGGAGAAGAAGUGCUUGAAUUCCGAGCUGUGGCACGCCUGUGCUGGUCCUCUGGUAUCCCUGCCGACAAUUGGGAGUCGUGUGGUUUACUUCCCUCAGGGUCAUAGUGAGCAGGUUGCUGCCACUACUAAUAAAGAAGUUGAUGCUCACAUCCCAAAUUACCCAAGUUUGCCACCCCAGUUGAUCUGCCAACUCCACAAUGUUACAAUGCAUGCAGAUGUUGAGACGGAUGAAGUGUAUGCUCAGAUGACACUGCAGCCCCUGACUCCGCAAGAACAAAAAGAUACUUAUCUUCCUGUGGAGUUAGGAACUCCUAGCAGGCAACCAACGAAUUACUUUUGCAAGACACUGACUGCGAGUGAUACUAGCACACAUGGAGGCUUCUCUGUUCCUCGUCGUGCUGCAGAGAAAGUUUUUCCUCCUUUGGAUUUCUCACAGACACCACCUGCACAAGAACUCAUUGCGAGGGAUCUCCAUGAUGUUGAUUGGAAGUUUAGGCAUAUUUUCCGGGGCCAGCCUAAGAGGCAUUUGCUUACCACUGGGUGGAGUGUGUUUGUCAGUGCCAAAAGACUUGUUGCUGGAGAUUCUGUUCUUUUCAUCUGGAAUGAGAAAAAUCAGCUCUUUUUGGGAAUUCGUCGUGCCACUCGGCCACAAACUGUGAUGCCAUCAUCUGUUCUUUCAAGUGACAGUAUGCACAUUGGACUGCUUGCUGCUGCUGCUCAUGCUGCUUCUACUAAUAGCUGCUUCACAAUAUUUUAUAACCCAAGGGCUAGCCCAUCUGAAUUUGUCAUACCUCUUUCAAAGUAUGUCAAAGCUGCUUAUCAUACACGUGUUUCUGUUGGAAUGCGUUUUCGGAUGCUAUUUGAAACUGAAGAAUCCGGUGUUCGCAGGUACAUGGGAACAAUUACUGGCAUUGGUGACCUAGAUCCUGUUCGUUGGCCAAACUCUCACUGGCGGUCUGUCAAGGUUGGCUGGGAUGAAUCUUCAGCGGGAGAGAGGCAGCCACGGGUAUCAUUAUGGGAAAUUGAACCCUUGACUACAUUUCCGAUGUACCCCUCUUUAUUUCCUCUCAGGCUGAAACGACCAUGGUAUUCAGGGGGGUCAUCUUUUCAAGACAACAGUAAUGAAGCAAUAAAUGGCAUGGCGUGGAUGAGAGGUGAAACUGGUGAACAAGGACUAAAUUCUAUGAAUUUCCAGUCUGUUGGUAUGUUUCCCUGGAUGCAGCAGAGAGUUGAUCCAACAGUCCUGCGAAAUGAUCUUAAUCAGCAAUACCAGGCUAUACUGGCAGCAGGUUUGCAACAUUGUGGAAGCGGAGAUUUGCUCAAAGACCAACUCAUGCAGCAGUUCCAGCAGCAGCCUGCUCAAUAUCUUCAUCAUUCAGGCAGCCAUAAUCCCCUGUUACAUCAGCAGCAGCAGCAGGUAUUCCAGCCAUCAAUAUCUUCACAUAUGCUCCCCACACAAACCCAAAUGCUAUCUGAUAAUUUGCAGAGGCAAACACAACAGCAAGUUAAUAAUGUGUCUGAAGAACAUAGGCAACGACACAAUUAUCAGGAAUCAUUUUUAAUGCAACGUGUUCAGCUUCAACAGAGGCAGCCAUCUGAUGUUCCUUCCCCUUCAUUCACAAAAUCAGACUUCACAAAUUCGAACAGUAAAUUUGCUGCAUCUAUUGCUCCUGGAAUGCAAAAUAUGCUGGGUUCACUUUGUUCCGAAGAGAGUGGUAAUCAUUUAAGUUUCUCAAGACCUGAUGAGUCAAUACUCAAAGAGCAGUCACCCCAACAAUCCUGGGUGGUGAAAUUCUCUCAGUCACCAAACAGUAAUUGUUCGAAUUCAACAUCACUUCCACCAUAUUCAGGAAAUGAUACUUCUGCUGAGCAGGGAACGUGUAGCUUGGAUGCCCAGAAUCAUUCUCUUUUUGGUGCUAAUAUUGAAAAUGUUGGGCUCUUGCUUCCUACCGUUGUGUCUAGUAUCGCUACUUCUUCAGGUCAUGCUGAGAUGUCCUCUAUGCAGCUGGGGACUUCUGGGUUUCAGAGUCCUCUUUAUCGAUUUGUGCAAGAUUCUUCUGAGUUGUUGCAUAACACAGGACAAGUUGACCAACCAGCCCCAACCCGUACCUUUGUCAAGGUUUGGAAAUCAGGGUCAGUUGGUAGGAUUCUGGACAUUGGACGGUUCAACAGCUAUCAGGAGCUGCGUCAGGAACUAGGUCAGAUGUUCGGGAUUGAAGGGUUGCUUGAAGACCCUAAAAGAUCAGGCUGGCAGCUUGUAUUCGUCGACAGGGAGAAUGAUGUGCUUCUCCUUGGAGACGAUCCAUGGGAGGCAUUUGUGAAUAAUGUCUGGUAUAUCAAGAUCCUUUCUCCUGAGGAUGUGCAGAAGCUGGGAGAACAAGAGGCCCGAUCAUUGAGUCGAAGUGCAUCUGAGAGGAUGAAUAAUACUGAUGGCCAAGACCUUGUAGGACUCUCAUCUAUAGGGUCGCUUGAAUACUGAGAAACUGAUGCUUCUCUCCUCUUUCUUCUGCAGUGCCUCUAGAAGUUGCUCAUUUAUACAUUCUAUAUGGCUUCGUAGGAUUUGGCCUUUUCUUCACGUUGUGUGCAAUACAAUUUCAUUGCAAUGACAAUGUCUUUAGUGGACAUGAACUUGAGAGUUUAAGCAUAUGUGAUUUCGACUAAGAAUCUGAAACCUCCCUUGGUCGAUGUAUUUCGUAAACUAGGAGUUAAUGGACAUUGCCUUGGAACAUUUUUUGUUUCUACCUUCUGUUCGUUAAUGCGCUUUUGUUUUCAUUG